AUGGUCGACCACAAGAAGCAUUUUAAGGCCGACCUCACAGACCGCACUGUAUUUUGGGAAAUACUUCGAAGCAAGAGGCGCAAUGAUCACCGACUCACACGCCGAUUAGAGUCCUCUCUAUCUGACCACAAGAGGAGGUGUGUAAGACAGAUUGCUAAACACCAAGCUUUCUACAAUGCCUUCGAUAAGCUAUCACGAAUUCCCGGUCUACGACUAGGCCUAGUGAUUGGUAACCUUCAUAGGCUCAUCACUCUCAAAUGCGACGAGGAAGUUGUGAAUUACCUGGAGCAUAUUUACAACACAUGGCUUUAUCUUGUCGGGAAUGUCGAGUCCAACCUCAAAAAGAUUGAUCCGUUUACCGUUCAGUCUGUAGAGCUCCGGUGCCCCAGAUUUUCGGCAGAAGACGAGCGAGUGCUUCGGAACGCAGUUUUGGACGGCCGUAUCUUCGGGUGUUUCGACGAAUCUGAGCGAAUUGCGACUUGGAAAACUCUUCGUUCCAUUGAGUCUACAAUCCCAUCUCUGUCAACAUUUUUCAACGAUGUCAAAUAUCUUGAGUUGUGUGCAAAGUGGAUGAAGCGCUUGGUUGCUAUACCACACGAUGGGCUCACUGUACAGACCGCAUUGACAAAGGCGUUCAAGCAUUCAAUGAAAGAAGGAAACUUGUACCCAAUUGAGAACUCCAACAUGGAUUUCUCCUAUCGGCCUGUUGAAGCAGACGCCCGUUUCCAGCUCGGAUUGCGGCAAUUAUGGCUUUUUACGAUGAGGAAUUUCCGACAGCUGGGCACCAACCCAGGGUUGCUUCCCAAGCUUGCGGAUCUGGCAUCAAAAUUGGGGUUCGAUACGAGUAAUAUCCGUUCGCUCAAGUCUGUAUCGCCAGAUUUCGAAAUUGCACAGCAAGCAUUGUCGAUGGCCCGCCCAUCGCGAGACUACGAUUACGACGGUCAUGACUUCCAAGCCGUGGCCGACAAGAUUGCACAUACAUUUCCAGACCUGCAGCGCAUUGUUUCAGCUCAGGAGUUACAUGAUUUCUUCACUGAUGAUGCUUCUGGUACGAGGCAGAGCUCUCGGCCAUGGUUAAAUCAGAUGUCCUAUGCGGAGGCCGCCGAGUCGUUGUUUAUUGACGUCAUGGACAAGGAUCUGUGCACAGGUGGCGAAAGACUUGCUUGCCUGUUCAUUUGCAGAUCUAUACACUUGGCUUUUUUUUGUGCUCCUCGUCGGAACAUUCCGCAGCUGCAAGUCACUUCAUUUGACACCGGCACGCUCGACGCCGAGUCACUUUCCUCAGGUGGCUGUCCACCACAAGGUCUUGACCAACCCCAAGAACCAAAAACGAGCCACGAGCAAAUCCUAGCCAAUCAACAGGGAAACCAUCAUACUAAGCAGUCUCCGACACGUAUAGUCACUCUCGAAUUCAUUACGGAGGAGGUGAGAAGAGAAGAGCACGUCUAUCUUGAUACACAAAACCCAAACGAAGCCCUUCGUUUUCAAUCACUUCUGCAAGAAGCUAUGUACAAACAGAAAGUUCUGCCCAUCUCCGUAGGGAGGCAACCUUUGUUAGUUAUGGACUGCUAUAAGGAGGUCGUAGAGAAAGGACUGGAUCGAAUUUUGUUAGUGCAAACAGGCCAUAUAGAUACGAGACUGAUGGAAUAG